AUGGGGGAUAACCAGCAACAGCAACAGAACUAUGGGUCAAACAGGAGUGAUGGAAAGACAUCAAAGGCCACUGUGAUGCCAGCAAACAGGAAGCAUGUGUCAACUAUGAUGGCUGAGAAGACCGCAAAAGUGAUUGCAUCAACUGCAAAACAUAUCAAGAACAAGAAUAAGAUAAAUCCUGGGGAGUACGGUGUUUCAACCAAACAUUGCCAAUUGUUUUUUCUUGUCAUACUUCCGCCUACCGGAAACGCAAGAUAA